AUGGCGGAGGGCAAGCAGCACCUGUCGAUCGUGAUCUGCGGCCACGUCGACUCUGGCAAGUCGACGACCACAGGCCGCCUGCUGUUUGAGCUGGGCGGCAUCCCCGAGCGCGAGUUGGAGAAGCUCAAGGAGGAGGCCGCGGCCCUGGGGAAGCAGUCCUUUGCCUUUGCCUUCUACAUGGACCGCCAGAAGGAGGAGCGCGAGCGCGGCGUGACCAUCGCGUGCACCACCAAGGAGUUCUUCACCGAGAAGUGGCACUACACCAUCAUCGACGCCCCCGGCCACAGGGACUUCAUCAAAAACAUGAUCUCCGGCGCCGCCCAGGCCGACGUGUGCCUGCUGAUGGUGCCCGCCGACGGCAACUUCACCACCGCCAUCCAGAAGGGCGACCACAAGGCCGGCGAGAUCCAGGGCCAGACCCGCCAGCACGCGCGCCUGAUCAACCUGCUGGGCGUGCGCCAGCUCAUCAUCGGCGUGAACAAGAUGGACAGCGACACGGCCGGCUACAAGGAGGAGCGCUACAAGGAGAUCCGCGACGAGAUGAAGCACAUGCUCGCGCGCGUCGGCUGGAAGCAUGGCUUCUAG